AUGGCGCACAGAAGCGUCGUGUCCUGGAACUCCAUGAUUUCGGCUUAUUCUCGUGGGUUUUUUAUGGAUGCGGCAUUCAGCCUCUUGAAAGAUAUGUGGGUUCUUGGCUUUGAGCCAAGUUUGCCCACAUUUGUUUCAAUUUUGUCAGGUUGUUCGGAUUCAGAUUCAGAUUCCUUUAGCUUUUGGUGGCAAGGGAUGUCGAUACAUUGUUGCUUGAUCAAACUUGGACUUGUGUAUUCUCAAGUUACUUUGGCCAAUGCGUUAAUGGGAAUGUAUGUUCACUUUAGCCAAAUGGAGGAAGCGAGGAAGAUUUUUGAUUUGAUGGAUGAAAAAUCAAUAAUUUCUUGGACAACUAUUAUGGGAGGUUAUGUGAAAGUUGGCCAUGUUGCGGAAGCAUAUAAUUUAUUCAAUCAAAUGCAGCAUCAAAGUACUGGCAUAGAUUUUAUUGUAUUUCUAAUUCUUAUAUCUGGUUGUAUACAAGUAGGAGAUCUCUUAUUAGCUUCAUCAGUUCAAGCUUUUGUACUUAAAUGUGGAUGCGAUAAAGAGGAGUCCAUUGAAAAUUUGCUAAUAACUAUGUAUGCAAAAUGCAGUGACCUUGCAUAUGCUAGAAGGAUAUUUGAUUUGAUUAUCAAAAAGAGUAUUUUCUCAUGGACAUCAAUGAUUGCAGGAUAUGCCCAUUCGGAUCACCCAUUGGAGGCAUUGCAUUUGUUUAGAAGGCUUGUACGGACAGAUUUUAGACCAGAUGGACCAACCGUUGCUACUGUUAUCAGCUUGUGCUGA